AGCCCUCACCUGACUGCGGUCGAGCAGCCGAUGCCUUCAAUGGACCCACACUUCUCAUCUGCGACAAGUGAAAAAAGGAAAAAGUUAACAAACCCGCUCACGCUGAAGAGGACUUCUGUAAAGGCUGCACAAAGUGAAGAAAUGCUGAAUGGUAGCCGGGCUCUACACAGCAGAAGAUGUUGGUGUUUCCUGCAGCGCCACUACUUCCUCUGCAUCCUGCUGACUGGAGCUGUGUUUUUCAUGUGCAACACAAGCAUGAAGACAGUGAUGCCGGACCUCAACGCCAAACUGUGGAUGGAAAACCUCUCAAAAAAACUCAUGGCUCCGAUUGAAAAGCUGGAUUUAGUCUCUGAUGAAGCGGGGAGAACAGCUGUUGCUGUCCACCAGUUUGAUGACUGGAUGUCCUUGAUGUCAGUGCCACCGACUGCAGGAAAGACACGGGAGCCUCGGGCGAAACUCCACACACAGGCUUCUGGUCCAAAUCAGGCUCCAAACAAAUUCCCUGCACCUUAUUUGGUGAAGUAUCCCUCAGAGUACCACUUUGUGAUAAACGAGCCGUUGAAGUGUGAAAAGGAAAAGCCGUUUGUGGUGCUGAUCGUUCAGGUGGCUCCUCACAACAGAGCUCAUCGCCACAUCAUCCGCAGCACCUGGGGUAGCCAGAGCCGGGUUUUCGGCCGGACGGUGCUGCUCUUUUUCCUGCUGGGGCAGGAAAAAACCGGAGAGGCACCACAGCUCCACAGGCAGCUGCUGCGUGAGAGCAGACAGCACAGAGACCUGAUCCAGAGCGACUUUGUGGACUGCUACAGGAACCUAACCAUCAAGACCAUGGUGAUGCUUGAGUGGCUGGACUCAUACUGCUCCAGUGCCUCCUAUGCCAUGAAGAUCGACUCAGACAUGUUCCUCAAUGUGCGGAAUCUCGUCAUCAUGCUCCUGAAGGCUCCAAAGACAAACUACAUGACCGGUCGAGUGGAUUAUAGAGCCACUGUUCAAAGAGACCCCUCAUCCAAGUGGUACCUGCCUCAGGAUCUGUACCCCCGUCCCACGUAUCCCCCCUAUGCUCUGGGUUUGGGCUACAUCUUGUCUCUGGACCUCCCUAAAAAGCUCAUCGUGGCUUCCAGACACGUGAAAGCCAUUUACAUUGAGGAUGUGUAUUUGGGGUUGUGCAUGGAACACUUGCAGAUCCACCCCAAGCCGCCCCGCAACAGGGACCAUUUCCAUCUCUACCCUAUGAAUUACAGCCGCUGCACAUUCUCAGAGAUUAUUGUCACAGCAACGACACCAGAAACAGAUCCUCUAAAACUCUGGAGGGACUUUAUAGCACCAGGUCCAGACUGUUGAUCUGUGCUAAGACAUACAGAACCAAGCAGAAGUCUGGAACUGCUGAUGUCCAAACAACAGCCAUGGACUCAGGGAAGAACUGAAGGAGCCUUGGAUGGUAAAGGUGACAGGGGUGCCUGUGGUGAUUGACCACAUUGGGAUUAGUAUGAAAUUUAACAAACCAUCUUUUCUUAAACAGUAGUCUGUUACUUCUCAACCAGCAAGGCCAAGAGGGCCAAAUAUGGUUUAAAAGUGGCAGAAAAUGUGAACCCCAAAUGUGUUUGUCCACGGUUUCUGUGGUGGCCUCAACUAUGUUUGCCCACAUUGGCUUAAGUGGGCACUGAGUGGGUUGGCUCGCCAUGCCCACAGCCGAAAUGUGAAAAUCCAGUCAGAGGGGCGGGGCUUGGGGAACAGGACAGUUAUCAUUACUGGAACUGCAGAUCAUGAUGUCAGACUUCUGAAGCUCACAUGUUUUGACCAAUCACAAAAAUCAACUGUAUUACCUCAAGGCACCUGUAGAUGGCAGCAAACAGAUGAUUUUUGACUAUAUUUUCAAGAAUUAAACACGUUUAUUUUAAUUUGGAAAAUUCCAAAACACCUGGACACUUAAUGGGAAAGUCUUCGCCAAGCUUUGCGGCUCUCCUGAGCAAGCCAAGGUCAUCAUCAUCAGAAGCCUGGAGGAGCUGGAGAAGUUUGUACCCACUGCAAUCUAAACAAGAGAUGGAUGAGAAGUAUGAAUGCUGGUCUACGAGGUGAGGAGACAAACUUCACUAACAAUGACUGAUAAAAAACACAAUCUCUACAACAGUCAACUGUGAGCACGACUUUCAGAGAGAUCUGAACUGUCAGCAACCUGAGCUUAACAUAUUCAGUGAUAAUGAUAACAACCAGCAAGAUGACAUAGACCCUGAUCAAUUCUUUUCCACUGUUAAUCUGGACUGAAACUGUUACAGCAUAGAUGACUUUAAAAGCUCUGUUAACCCAGAAGGAAGACUAUCAAUCAUCCACUUUAACAGCAGAAGUAUGUACACCAACUUUGGAGACAUCAAGGACUAUCUGCAGAAUCUGGAACAUUCCUUUAACAUCAUAACAAUAUCUGAAACUUGGUUUAGCAGCGACAAGGACGCUGACUUUGAAUUAGAAAACUACGAACUUCGUUUUGUGAACAGAGUAAAGAAAAAAGGUGGAGGAGUCAAAUUUACGUGCAAAAAUGACCACCUGACAGCACUUUUAAAGCCCCAUUUAUAGAGGUCAACAGACAAAAAAAAGGGGAUUCAGGUUUGGUUACCCUUUAGACCCGGUGCUACAACUCAACUUCGAAACAAUGUCACCUGGAUGGACCCAGCGAACGUUUCAAUGUGAGCCCCAUAUGGUUUACUUUUGGGCCGAACUGGUGGGCCUCAGAUGGGUUUGUCUGCGGGUUCCUUGGUGGGCCCACCUGUGUUAGCCCACAAACCCAGCCGGGGCCACCAAUUCAGCCCAAAAGUAAACCACACUGAAAUGUUCGCUGGGAAUUGUAAUCUUUGUUGAAUGCAAACUCUGCUUUUUUGUAUUUAGACAGUCAUACUUUGUUGUUUAUUCUUAGUGAACUUCACAGCUUAUCAGAAAGUAUCAAAAUUCAUAUUUUAUUCUUAUACCUUUAUACUAGUCCAGGGGCCUGCAACCUGAGGGUCCAGAGCCACAUGCGGCUCUUUCACUCCUCCGUGGCUCUUUAGUGUUGACGGGAAAUGCAAACAAAUUGAAUUAAUAAUGGGUUAGUAGCUUGGGUCUUUUCAUUUUUUAGUUUAGAUUUUUGACAUGCCAGAGAACUGAGUAAAUUUAUGGUAAAUGUUUAUUCUGCUGUCAAAGUGGUUUAUUUUUAGUAUACCAUAAUCUCAUUUCCAUGUGACCUAUAAAUCUGUUUUGAAAACUGGGUUCUACACCAACAUCAUGUUUAUCUUUGAUUGUAAAAGAGAAAAAGAGUGACGGUCCACCAAAGUCAUUAUACAGUAGUUUCUUGCAUUUUUUAUUUAAGUAAAUCAGCUGCAGCAGGAGCAUCUUAUUUGACACAAGGAGUAUUUGACUUUGAAAGGAACUUCGAUGUGCUGCUGACCAAAAUGUCUGUGUGUGUAUUUAUAUAUACAUAUAUAUAU